CCUAGCGUAGCUGAAAACAUGAGAAACGGUAAUAGCGGAGGAAGUGGUGGAUUCAAAAAAAUUGGACGUUCAAGUGAUUAUGAUAAAAGAUCCUAUCACAAUCACGCUUGUGGAUCAUGUUGUGGUUAG